UCACCCCAGGGAAAGCUGGUUUCUAUAUUUUUGUACACAAAUUCAGAACACUAUCGAAACAACAGUGAACGAACCUCACACAAAAAUGUUUGCUAAAAUAUUAAAGCCAAACUUAGUGGUACGCCGGAGCCUUAUGGUUUCGGCAUCCUUGCGUUAUAAGGAUCCCGUUUACCACGUUUUCCUGGACAAGGUGCGUGAGUACCGACUGAAGAGUCCCAAAGGAAAGCCCAUAGAUGCCGGGCCGGAAUACGAGGCGGAACUGAAGGAGGCCCUCGAACGCCUGGCUCUUCAGUAUGGUGGCGGUGAGGGCAUCGAUCUGACCCAGUUUCCCAAAUUUGUGCUGCCCGAUAUAGACAUUGAUCCCAUUUCCGUUCUGGAAUUACCGGAAAAUCAACCAAAGCCGGAGAAAAAGGAAGACUUAAAGUUAGAAGAUGACAAAAAGAGAGGUGAUCAACCAAAGGGAAAAGAUAAAGAAGUAAAGGCCAAAUAUGAAAAGAAAGCAAAAGACAGUGAUAAAGAGGUGAAAGCCAAAGAUGAUAAAAAGACUACUGAAACAAAGGCUAAAGAUGAUAAGGACAAGAAAAAGUAGUGGCUACCUAACGUCAUUAUUAACUUAAAUUUUUGCAUUAAUAUUGUUUUAAAUUUUGGAUAGAUUUCAAUAAAGUUCGUAUAAAGUUGAUAUACAAA